AUGUGGGGAAGAUCCAUUGCGCGAGCUGGUGUAGCAGUUAAAGCCUUCCGCCCAGUCACUGUCCACCCUACCUUUCCUCUUUCUCGAAAUUUGCACAAGUUGUCCCUCUCACAUUCAACUCGUUUACGACCUCGACCUCGGCUACCUACGUUUCUUUUAAAAGGGUUCACUCCUAUUAGACAUUGUUCCGCUGAAAUCCGCAUGAUGACAUCCCAAGAGAGAGAGACUCUUCCUGACGUGGCCAAGCCAAUCAACUACCAUGUCUCUCUCUUCGAUUUACAACUCGGUGGCUCAUGGGGAUACAAGGGCGCCUUGAAGAUCGAUCUCAAAGUCACCCGUGCUACAAGCGAGAUUGUGUUAAACUCGAAGGAGAUAAAAAUACAGAAUGCCGAGAUUCUGAGCAAGGACGGAACCCAAUUAGCCAAAGCAUCCGGAAUCACCUAUGACAAAAAGUCGGAGCGAGUCUCCUUCGCUUUCUCCCAGGAGAUUACACCGGGAGAUGUCGUGCUAUCUAUCGAUUUCACUGGAACCAUGAAUAACGCCAUGGCCGGAUUUUACCGUUCGAAGUAUAAGCCUACUGGGGAAGCAUCCGGCGACACUCCCAAGGAAGAUGACUUCUACUACAUGCUGAGCACUCAAUUUGAGGCUUGUGAUGCCCGACGAGCCUUCCCUUGUUUCGAUGAGCCGAACUUGAAAUCCACCUUUGAUUUCGAGAUCGAAAUUCCCAAUGGACAGACUGCCCUCAGCAACAUGCCUGUUCUGUCCGAAAGAGAUGGAAGCAAGCCCGGAUUGAAGUUUGUUACCUUCGAAAAGACUCCGGUUCCGUACAUGCAGCUCCUGGCCUGGGCGGUUGGUGACUUUGAAUAUGUUGAAGCCAUGACCGAGCGCAAAUACCAAGGCAAGAGCAUUCCUGUUCGCGUCUACACUACCCGUGGUCUUCAACAUCAAGCUCGCUUCGCGCUUGAAUGUGCUCACCGCACAGUUGAUUAUUUCUCGGAAGUAUUUGAAAUUGAGUACCCGCUCCCUAAGGCUGAUCUUCUGGCUGUUCACGAAUUCGCCUCGGGAGCGAUGGAAAAUUGGGGUCUUGUUACCUAUCGGACCACCGCCGUUCUCUUCGAUGAAGGAAAGUCAGACAACCGCUACAAGAACCGCAUUGCCUAUGUCGUGGCCCAUGGUAAGUUCCCAGAAUCAGGACUGGGGUCCCUGGGGAAUAUUGCAAUAUUGAUGUCUAACGCUUUGGUGACAGAAUUGGCCCACCAAUGGUUUGGAAACCUCGUCACUAUGGACUGGUGGAAUGAGUUGUGGCUGAAUGAAGGAUUCGCAACCUGGGUCGGCUGGCUCGCUGUGGAUCAUUUCUACCCAGAAUGGAAUGUCUGGUCCCAGUUUGUUGCUGAAGGUGUACAACAAGCAUUUCACCUCGACUCGCUGCGCGCUUCCCACCCUAUUGAAGUCCCCGUCAAGAACGCUCUCGAGGUUGAUCAAAUCUUCGACCAUAUUAGCUACCUCAAGGGAAGCUCGGUCAUUCGCAUGCUCAGCGCUCACCUUGGCAGAGAAACUUUCUUGCGGGGAGUUGCGGACUAUCUCAAGUCCCACGCAUAUGGAAACGCCACUACCAAUGACCUAUGGUCUGCCUUGAGCAAGGCUUCCGGUCAGGAUGUGCACUCUUUCAUGGAUCCUUGGAUUCGCAAGAUCGGCUUCCCGGUUGUCACUGUGGCAGAGGAGCCUGGUCAGAUCACUGUUAAGCAGAACCGAUUCUUGUCCACCGGCGAUGUGAAGCUGGAGGAGGAUGAGACAAAGUGGUGGAUUCCUCUCGGCAUCAAGUCUGGACCUCAACUGGCCACGGUAGACACUCGUGCUCUCACUGCCAAGUCCGACACUGUGCCAGGAAUCGGCGAAAACUCUUUCUACAAGAUCAACAAGGAUCUGUCCGGGUUCUACCGAACCAACUAUCCUCCCUUGCAUCUGGCCAAGCUGGGCAAGUCUCUUGAUCUUCUAAGCACCGAGGACAAGAUCGGUCUCUUGGGAGAUGCUUCUGCCCUUGCAGUCUCUGGAGAAGGCACCACACCGGCCCUGUUGGCUCUUUUGGAAGGAUUCAAGGAUGAGACAAACUACCUUGUUUGGUCUCAGGUUUCUGCCUCUCUGGCGAACCUCAAGUCGGUCUUCUCCCAAAACGAGAAGGUGGCCGAUGGUCUGAAGAACUUCACUCUCAAACUGGCUACCCCUGCCGCGGAGCGGAUUGGAUGGGAAUUCCAGCCCAAUGAAGACUACCUUGUUGUGCAGCUGCGCAAGCUUCUGAUUGCUAUGACCUGUAAAGCGGGCCACGAAGGCUUUGUCGAGGAGGCCAAGCGUCGCUUCAGUCUCUGGGCAACUGGUAAGGACAUCAAUGCCAUCCACACUAAUCUUCGAUCGGUGAUCUUCGGUGUCAAUGUAUCGGAGGGUGGCCGUAAGGAAUUCGAUGCCGUCAAGGGGGAGUACCUCCGGACAGAUUCUGUGGAUGGUAAGGAGAUCUGCCUAUCUGCGCUUGGGCGCACCAAAAACGCCGCUCUGGUGAAGGAGUACUUGGACUUUGUGUUCUCGGACAAAGUUGCUAUCCAGGAUAUCCAUAGCGGUGCCGUGUCCUUGGCUGCCAACUCGAAGGUCCGCCACUUGCUCUGGCAGUACAUCAAGGAAAACUGGGAUUCCGUGUCCACCCGCUUGUCAUUCAACAACAUUGUUUUCGAGCGCUUUGUCCGCAUGGGUCUAUCCAAGUUUGCCGAUCACCAAAUCAGUGACGACAUUGCAGCCUUCUUCAAGGAUAAGGACACUACGGCCUAUGACCGCGCACUCGUGAUCGUUUCCGAUAACAUUCGGACUAAUGCAUCUUACAAGGAACGUGAUGUGGCGUUGGUUCUUGAGUGGCUGCAGGCUCACGGCUAUGCCUAA